AUGUUCAGUUUGGUGUGUAUUGCCAGAGGUUUUUUUUUUUCUUGGGAGCGUGCAUGUGAUCAGCACAGUGCAAAUCAGCACUGUCCAGAUAGAGGUCAGGGGUUCUGCAUCCUCCUAGAGCAGAAUGAAAACUCAUCCUACAAGCUUUAACCAGUGCUCGGCUGGACACUGAUAGAACUCACAUAACUGCUAUAUACUGCUGAUAAGAAAAGGUAUUUAGCAGUUUAUAUUUACUAAAAUAAUUGCAUUUCCAUGUUCUGUGGAAGACCAAAUUUAGUGAAUGCAGGGUCCUGGG